AUGAUUUCCUCUUUUGGCCACGGAAUACCCCUGUUCGUCACCGACCCAGUACUUGUAUGGUUAAGGCUGUACCGGUACUGUACUCGAGUACUCGUACUGACAAGGUGCGAUAACGUUAAGGCGGCUUUUGGACGGUUGUUAAAGGGGCUCCCUCACUACCCUACUGUAUCUGAUAUCACGGAUUGGAACGACCGAACCCAAACAUACUUGAGUACUGUACUGUACGAGUACUCGUACACUAUCAUACAGCUUCCUGGAGUAAGGGGUCAGCCGAGUCUCCCCCACAAAAAAAAGGCCGACCGCGAACUUGCCUACAGAACAGAGAUGUCAAGACCUCAACAACCAACCACCCACAGCGUUCGAGUAGAGGAACCAAGUGCAGGAUUGAAGGCUAAAAAUCUCGCAAGCCAUCUCUUGAACGCUCGUCUGCACCAACUUGUUAGGGGAAUCCUGCUGGUCCGACGUGAGAAGAAAGGGGAGGAGAGUUCGCGAGUGACUGCCCGUGAGGGUUGUCACUUUGAGUCUGGUAUCCCACAUCCCCCCCCCUUCCACCAUCUUAUUAAGGGACUCUGGCGGACGCCAGGGGGGAAAAGCAAACGGGAUGCCUGCACGGCAAACACGGAGAGAAAAAAAAAUUUGAAAAAAAGAAAUUAUGCUCCCGCCCCGCAGCCCCCCUGCCACCACCACCCCUACCUCACCAUGCAUCCCGUGUCAACACAGUGUGUUCGAGUGAAGUGAUAAGGGCUGGUCGGAAGAGCGCUUCCCGCGACCUGUACGAGUACUCGAGUAUACGGUAAUGCUCGAGUACGGUAGCGGUCACUGGCUGCUGGUUAUGCCGGGAAAAAAUGCGCAGCUUCGAGCACUAUCCCGUGAAGGCUCGUUAAAUCCACUAUCGCCCAUCGGCCUCGGAUCUCCCCGAUCAGAGACAAAACACGGUGAGAGGGAAUAUGUACUACAAGUACGAGUGCUUGUACCGUAGUAUUGGUACCGUACGAUAGUUUGUGUUUUCCAGACGGGGCACUCGAAUACCGUACGAGUACUCGAGCAUUCUCAUUAACCGAUAUUGGCAUUUGUUAUUUUGUCAACAUACCCCGCUAAGCCUAUUGUGCAUUUGAUUUGUAGAGAUUUCCGGGUUUCUACGGUGCGGUGCUAGCCGAUUUCAACAAGUUAUCUGGAAAAUCGUGCUGCCAAGCCUCUGAAAACCGCAAGGCAAAUUUGCGAGUGGUUGUUGUGAUCCUGUAAC